UUUGCCUCUUAGAAGCAGAGGAGGCAAAGGAAAGCAAGCAGCAAUUCCGAUUGUGAUGCGGCUUCUCCGGGCGGAAUUUAUUCCUCGCUGUCCAGAGGCGGCAGGAAGAAGCUUCCGCGUGGGCUCCUUCUCCUUCUUCUCCAGUGUGGAUUAUUUUUAUUCCGAAGAAUAACAGAGGAGGAUUGGUUCCGGCUGGAGCAUGCUCACAAACUGCACGAUCUCCCAUGAUUAAGCUUGCCUAGGGUGUUGUGGUCCCCCCCCUUCUUCUUCUUUUUCUCCUCUCCCCCCCCCCCUCCUCUCUCUUUCCCACAUUGAUUUUGUUUUGAAGCUGAGCUACAAACCAUCAGGGCAGGGUUGUGGGGGGACGACGACCUGCCUUCCCCCUUCCUCCCUCGGAGAAGGAAAACAUCGCGCGCCUUCUUCUCCCAGCAAUAUGACAUAAUAAUCCCCAUCCCCGAUCCUCCCUCCCUCCCUCCCUUUCCCCCUCCACCACCUCUUUUUGAAACAGGUGUUAUUAAAAAGAAUAGGAAAUAAGCUACCCGGCAGCUCAGCGGAACGCUUCCUCCAGGAGGGGAGAGCGAGGCUGCAGAGCCUCUCAGGAAAUUGCCAGCAUCGUGAGAAUCGCAAAAGUGGAGGGGAUCGGGCUCUGCUUACAGCCAGACAGCCAAGGCUCUUGUUCAAAAACCAUCUUCCUCUUGCUGAUCACCUUAAAGACUGUUGCUGAAAUAUACAGUGGGGACUUGUGGCUGCAUCUUCACAGGCUGAAUUAAGCCCUUCAGAAAUAAUAAAAUAAAUAAAGGAAAGCGCAAACACCAUUAGAACUGCAGAAAUCAAAUUCGUUAAACGAUGAGCCUGGAGACGUCACAAUGGCGCCGCUAUCUACAAUGCGUCACGGUUUGAAGGUUAGCAAUUACUCAGAGAAAUGAUGAGAAAUCACCUUCUAGGAACAUCGGCAGGUGCCUCAUAUCAGGAUUGUGAUCGGUCUGUUUCCCGAGGUCUCUGAACGGCAAAGUGGAAGAAGAGGAAAGCAAAGAAGGAAUCAGGGCACACAUGCAGAGAGAAACGGAGGACUGCCAGUUGCUGUUUUUCCAAGCCAAGGAGAACGAUGGCUGCGAGAUGAGCAUGGGAGCCUCACGUUUACCAAGCUUUGCAUGAGAAAAAGGACCCGAGGCAGUAUUCUGGGUUGCUUCUCCUCUUUGAAGGCUUGCCACCAUCAACGGUGAUAAAAAUGGCCCGCUUUAAAGCCUCUGCAAAAUCCACAAGGAAAAUAUUUGGACUACAGGUUUUGGACCGUUUUCCUGCUUUGAAGUAGAUUGUCAUGCUUUACCAGUGUGAACUCUCUUGACCCUCAACCAACCUUUUUUUCCUUUUCAUUGUUCCCUCCCCACCCUCUGUUCCUUCCCCCCUCCCCGAAUCAAACAGCAGCGAGUGACGCUUUGAAAUCUCGAGUCAACAACCAUUUUCUCUGGCCGCCACCUUUGGCAGCCCCGCAGCAAAUGCCGGCGAGCUAACACAGAGGAGUCCUUCCUUCAUUAUCCAUGAAGCCUGCCGACACCUUCCCGAAAUAGAUUCCUUGGACCAUCUCCCCCCUCCUCGCCUUUCCCUUUCCAAGGUCAUGGAUCCUGAACAAAGCCAGAGGAGCACAAAGAAGGGCGAGGAAGGGUCGAGGAGGAGGCUUGUCAAAGGACAGGCUUUCCAAAGCAGUGUUUCGUCCGCCGCUACCUAUCCAGGGAGCUCGGCUCCUUUGCAAGGCUCUCCCCUCCGGGACGUUGCAGCGCAGCAGCCUUUUUCAAGGGAGGAGGCCCAGGAGAAGACAGGGCCAGCCCAGCUUAAACGCCCCUCUUUUGAACGCCCUCCCCACAUCUCCCAGCUUCAGCAGCACCCCCUGUCGCCAGCGUUCAUGCCUCCCCGGAAGCAGGAACAUGUCCUUGAAGGCCCCACGGCGUGGCAGCUAGUCGACCCAGCCAGAUCAGGUCCCUCCAGUUCUUUUCCAUCCUCUGGGCUUCACCCUGGCCAGCUCUUGCCGUCCCGUCCUCCUGUCGUCCCCGAAGAGGACAUGCCCUCCGUUCCAAAGGUCUACACUCCCCGCGCUUCGCAAGCUUCCUUGAAAUCCUCGGAAGAAGGCCACAAGAAAGAGAAGAAACCCCAGAAACCCGGCAAAUACAUUUGCCAGUACUGUAGCCGGCCUUGCGCCAAGCCCAGUGUCCUCCAGAAACACAUCCGUUCACACACAGGGGAGCGGCCCUAUCCCUGCGUCCCCUGCGGCUUUUCCUUCAAAACCAAGAGCAAUCUGUAUAAACAUCGGAAGUCUCAUGCUCACCGGAUCAAAGCCGGUCUCGCCUCGGGGACUGGGACCGAGCUGUACCCUUCCGGUUUGGAAAUGGAGAAGAUGGCUGGAGAGGAAUUUGAAGAGCCCACCGAGGGUGAAAGCACCGACUCAGAGGAGGAGACCAGGAGCGCGCCGAGCCAUUUGGCAGAACUGUCGCCCCGGAGAAAGCAAACCAUGUUGUACGGGUCGGGAAGCCAGAGCUCUAGCCUAGAGAGCUGCUCGUUUUCUCACUCCAGCCUGUCUCAGUCUCUGGAAGAAAGCAGCCCGUUUGUGGAGCCGGCUUCAGAGCAUGCCCAAAGUCAUAAAUCGGAGGAAACACAUACUAUCAAGCAGAAGCUAGCUCUCCGAUUGAGUGAAAGAAAGAAGGUGAUCGAGGAACAGGCUUUCCUUAGCCCUGGCAGCAAAGGGAGCACAGAAUCUGGCUAUUUCUCCAGGUCAGAGAGUGCUGAGCAGCAAAUCAGCCCACCAAACACCAACGCCAAGUCUUAUGCAGAGAUCAUUUUUGGCAAAUGUGGGCGAAUUGGCCAACGGACUUCCAUGUUAGCGGCAGCCACUGCCCAGGAAUUUCCCCAGGUAUCGUCUGAGGAGAAACUCAGCACAGUUCCUUUGUCUGUGCCCAGAACGCAGGUUAUUGAACAUAUCACCAAACUGAUCACUAUUAACGAAGCCGUUGUUGACACCAGCGAGAUAGAUAGCGUCAAGCCCAGGAGAAGUUCAUUGUCCAGACGCAGCAGCAUUGAAUCGCCAAAGUCCGGCCCGUACAGAGAGCCCUUUGCGUUAGAAAUCAAACCCGGCUCUGGUAGCCAACUCGAUUCAUCCAAGUCACUGAUGCCCCACAUGGAAAAAAUGAAGCCUGAACAAUCAUUGCUAUCACUCCAGCAUUCCCACAGUGCCACAGAGACAGUGCCUCUCCUACGAAGCCACUCUAUGCCUUCAGCUGCGUGCACCAUCAGCUCCUCCCAUACCUUUAGAGGUAGCUAUUCUUUCGAUGACCACAUCACCGAAUCGGAGGUCCAAAGCCGUGGUCAGGUGUCUUCCCACCCACGCAUGCUAAAACGGCAGCCCGCCAUCGAACUUCCGUUGGGGGUGGAGUAUGGUUCGGAGGACAUGGGCGCGGCGAGCAAAGAAAGCACUUCCAAACCUCCCGAGGAACAAGAAACCAAGGAAAGCGAGCUCACCAAAAAGUCAAGGAAGGGCGCGAAAACAAAAGGGUUCAUGUACGAGUGCAACGUUUGCGGUGCUCGCUACAAGAAACGAGAUAAUUACGAAGCCCACAAGAAGUACUACUGUUCGGAACUGCAGGUCUCCAAGCCCCGAUCUUCCAGUUCUCAUUUUUCAUUGGAAGCCGAGAAGGGUUCCGUAGAAUCUGAUCCUUGGCCGCAGAUGAUGCAUUAUAAGCUGGGGACCAGUUUAGAACUAACUCCGCUGCGGAAAAGGCGUAAGGAAAAGAGCCUCGGUGAUGAUGAGGACCCCCCGGCUUUUGAGUUGACCAGUCCAUCUUCCUGUAGCUCUGGGGCAGCUGCUCAGUUUACUAGCUUGAAACCCACUGAUGUGGCCUUGAACCUGACUUCUGAGUCCAUGACGUCACCAGCAGACCUCAGCAAAUCGAUGCCGCUCUCUGACGCCGGUGUCACUUUCCACUCUAGGACUACAAAACCAUCUCUUGGUACGGAGGUCAAGGAGAGGAGGACGACCUCAAAGGAGAUCUCUGUCAUCCAGCACACAAGCUCCUUUGAGAAGUCGGAUUCUAUCGAACAACUGAGCAGCUUGGAAGGGGAGGAAAAGCUGUCGUUGCCAUACGCUUCUCAGUCAGCUGCACAACAGAGCCGGCCGACUCAUUCCCUGCAGCCAAAGCUUGUGCGUCAACCCAACAUCCAAGUCCCUGAGAUCCUGGUCACCGAAGAGCCGGACAGGCCAGAGACGGAGCCCGAACCUCCCCCUAAAGAGCCGGAGAAGACGGAGGAGUUUCAGUGGCCACAGAGAAGCCAGUCUCUCUCCCAGCUUCCUGCAGAGAAGCUGCCACCCAAAAAGAAGAGGCUGAGGCUUGCAGAAAUGGCUCAGUCUUCUGGAGAAUCCAGCUUUGAGUCAGUGAGGAGCCCCAGUCAGGAGAGCAGCAUCUCCCACGCCUCCAGCCGCUCAACGUCAUUUGAACGUGAGGAAGCUGCUUCCCAGUCCUCUGAAUUCCACAUAAAACCUAUUGGGCUCGGCCCACACAUGCUAACAGUGCCAGGCCACCACCACCCUCACCACCCUACCCGAGAAAUGCGGAGGUCCGUCUCCGAGCAGACGCCCAACGUCUCUCCCUCCUCUCCAAUGUCGGAGACCCGCAGCAAAUCGUUUGACUAUGGGAGCUUGUGCUCCUCCUCUCCCACUUCCCUGCCCCGCCCACCAACAACAUCAGCAGCACAGGAGAGGAGAAAAUGUUUCCUGGUGAGGCAGGCGUCUCUUGCUGGGCACCCAGAGCACGAGCCGGACUCUGGCUCCAAAGGAGGGACAGAAACGGAAGAGCUGCUGCAGUCUACAAGCAAAUCUUCAGCUGCAAGUUUGCCCCAGCAGCAACCACCGUCCUCUUCCUCCUCCUCUUCUCAAAGAGGCUACCCGGCUGACAAGGGUGAGCCAAAAGACUGCCCUGAGCGCACAUAUACCCAUCCCUACACUGAAGCUCUGCAGGUGUUUCACCACCCAUCGGCGCAAUUGACGCUCCACGAAAAACAGUACAUGGCCCCGCAGAUUUCUCUCUUGCCAUUCCAGCAUCUUUUGCCACCAUCAGGACAGACGGUGGAGCUCUUCUCCAGCCAGACAAUGACCGAGCUCUUUUCCGCUCAGUAUUCCAUCCCGCAAAUACCGCACUCCAUCUUUGAGAAUGCAGCCAUCCCGCUGCAAGACGCUUUGCUGCACCCAGGCCAGCUUCACAUUGCCCCUCCACUGCUGUCCCACCCAGGGGACGUGGCACUCAGGCAGAGCCCGUCCCUUGUCCCUGUGCACUACCCAGGCUCCCCGCCGCUCCAUUCUGCCUUUUUUCUGCCCCUCCAGUCCCAGCUUGCUCUCCAGUUGCCAAGUGACAUUGGUGCCCAUUUGCCCCAGCUCAAAUCCAGGCUCUCUCCACCCACCGGAAGUCCCAUCUUCUCCCCAUUUUCAGACUACAGCUCCGAGAGCAGAUUGCAUAUUUUGGCCCGGCCUAGCAGCCCCUCUGCAUCUGUCUCCAUCUCUCAGUUGGUGGUGCCUGCACGAUCUGAGCCUGUCGUGUCGCUAGUGGUCCCAGUUCGCAUUCAGACGAACAUGCCCUCCUAUGGAAGCGCAAUGUAUACAACCCUUUCUCAGAUCCUGGUUACUCAGUCACACUGCAGCGCCUCUUCUAUUAUCCUGCCCAGGUUUGACGAGUAUGAGGCCAAGGGUACCUUGGUUUGCACUGCUAAUGUUCACGGAAUCGGCCUCGAUCUGGCACAGAUGAUCACCGAAGAGCAGAAGAGCAUCUUCCAGACACCCUACCUAAGGCUGCCAUUGUCACUCUCGGAAAAGAAAGGCUACAUUCCUCUUGGCUCGCCAUCCAAAAGCCUGUUGGAUCUUGAAGGGAGUCCAUCGACUGUCGGAGGAAGCAAGCGGAUGCUGUCUCCGGCCGGAAGCUUGGAACUCACGAUGGAAACCCAGCAGCAAAAAAGGGUGAAGGAGGAAGAGUUCUCUGAGAUGGAGGAGAAGUCGGAAGCAGCGGUGGCCCCCAGUGCAACAGAGCAAGGGAAGAAGCACAACCAAAGGAGAGUCAAGUCAGAAAUGCCCCCGGACGUAUCGCCUGAGCAGUCUGAGUUGGAAGAAGUCCAGGGAACUUUAUGGCCAGCCUCUCCACAGCCUGAGGUCUCGAGCUCUGAGGGGCACGAGGAAUCUAAGCAUCCAGCUGGCAAGCAGUUGCAAAGCAAGGAAUCCCCACAGAUGGUGAAGAAAGAAGAUUUGAAAGAGCCUGUGGAGCCACCUGCAACAACCUCCCCAAGUCCAGCUCUUCGUUCUGAGGCUGCCCAAAGUUCAAAGAAGUCCCAAGAGGGGCCAGAUGUCAAGAAGGUAUUUCAGUUCCCCAGUCUCCAUACAACUACUAAUGUCAGUUGGUGCUAUUUAAAUUACACAAAGCCAAAUCACAUCCAGCAAGUUGACCGAAGGUCCUCGGUGUAUGCCGGCUGGUGCGUUAGUUUGUAUAAUCCCAACCUCCCUGGUGUGUCCACCAAAGCAGCCCUUUCGCUCCUGCGCUCCAAGCAAAAGGUGAGCAAAGAAACCUACACCAUGUCUGCUGCUCCACGUCCAGAGGCAGGGAGGCUUGUGCCCUCAAGCGCCGGGAACCCCAAAAUGUCGGAGGUUCACCUGCCUUCGCUCCUCCCCAACGAAGGUCGAAAGGAUGAAAUGAGAACUGAAAAGGAAGAGGAGAAAAGAGGAAAUCCAGAAGACGACAUUCCCAUAUCCAAACGAGGGGAGCCAGCCCGGAUCAAGAUCUUUGAAGGAGGGUACAAAUCAAACGAAGAGUAUGUGUAUGUGCGAGGCCGUGGACGAGGGAAGUAUGUAUGUGAGGAGUGUGGAAUUCGCUGCAAGAAGCCCAGCAUGCUGAAGAAACACAUUCGCACGCACACAGACGUCAGGCCAUAUGUCUGCAAGUACUGUAACUUUGCUUUUAAAACCAAAGGGAAUCUGACUAAACAUAUGAAGUCAAAAGCCCACAGCAAAAAAUGUCAGGAGAUGGGUGUGUUGGUGUCUUCGCUGGUGGAGCAAGAAGCAGAUGAAGGAACCAGUGAAGAUCUCUUCCAAGAUUCAGAAGGGCAGGAGGGAUCUGAGCCACUUGAAGAACACCAGUUUUCAGACUUGGGAGAGUCUGAUGAUGACAAUGACGACGAGGAAGAGGAGGAGGAAGAGGAAGAGGAGGAGGAAAGCCAAGAGGAGCCACCAGUGAAGCUCUCAGAAAUGAAGAACAUCUCCCUCCCAGGACAUUCUCCAAGAGGUUCUCACUCCGCCCAGGAGAAAGGCACCAGGACAGCAUUGUCCAUCUUGGAAGAUGUUGUCUCCACUAGCAAGCGUGCUGUUCGGCGUCACCAGACCACCUCCUCGGGGCCAGAAACGAAAUGGUCGGCUGACAGCACUGAAGUUGCCGUCUGCCACAGCUUCUUGAGACUCCACCGGCCGGUUUUGACCUCCAGUGGACCCGUGGCUUCUUCUGCUGAGAAGGAACCCGUUACAAGGCCACAGAUGCUCUUAGCGAUGGACUUGUCAAUCUCCAAAGGCGCCUCUCUGAGGAGGAAGGGGUCUCCAAGCAAGGACUCUGGCUUUGGCAGUGGUGGCAACAACAACCGUUCCAUCUUGGCUAGGAAGCACCUGUUAUCCAAAAACGAAAUGUCUCCGAAAAGGUUUUCGACAGCUGGAGAAACACCUUCUCUGAGGAGCUUCUCUCCAGCAAGGGGGAGGUCCUCUGGUCACCGAAUGUCUCCGAGGAGAGAGCCGUUUCCCCUCCGUAGUCUGUCGCCGAGACUCGAGCUCUCGCCCAGCAGGUACAUAUCUCCGAAAAGAGAGCUGUCGUCGCGAAUGUACCUCCCGCCAGAGAGAGGCGUGUCUCCUGUGAGACAUUUGUCUCCAAGCAGGGAUGUCUCUACAGCCAGAUACUUAUCCCUGAAGAAGAUGUUGUCCCAGAGCUAUUCAGAGCCGCCUUCGAGGUACCCGUCCCCAGGAAGAGAGGACUUGCCUUCUCAUGGCCAGUCGGCAGCAGAUGAAAAAGUUCAAAGCCUGGGUAAAACUCUGCAUGGGAUCUCGUCUUCAGUGCCUCUACCUCACAGGUCCCUCGGCAUGAAUACAGAACUGUAUGAAGAACCUAAACUGAAGACAGAAUCCAGGAGCCCAGCGAGUUCACCGGGCGUCACUCAGCAUCACUGCGUCAGGCCUUUGCAAUCGCCCCAUGACACGCACGCCCAUGCCCCGAGCCGGGUGGAAGACUACAUCUUUAGCCACCUCCCAUUGCACUCCCAGCAGCUACCCCGGAGCCCCUUCCCCAUGAUCCCAAUCGGGGGCAUCCAGAUGGUCCAGGCAAGGCCCAGUGGCCAUCCCGGCUUGGGGCACGGAUCAGUGAUGUCGCUGCACGCCAGCUACUUCUCCCCCAGCGGUGACACCUCUGAAUCGAGCCGAGCGAACGAUCCCGGCAAGGUGGCGCAAGGCAUCCGAGAAGCUCGCUCCUCAUCUGCAACCCCACCGCUUCAUAGCAGCAGCUGCUUGGAAGGGACAAUAAGGACUAGCGAGCACCAGCAGAAGGAGGAACACAGGGUGACAGCCAGCACUGAACCCGGCGGCCCAGAGUGGGGAAGCCGUACGCCCAGCCGAGACGGUUCCUGCCCAGAGGAUGAGCCUUCGGCCAGCGGGGAAGGCGUCCAGUGGGAGAAGGGGAAGAAACCACGUAGCAGCUCAUACGCCUCCUUGGAACCCCCCUGCACUUUGAUCUUGGACUUCCCCACCCAGACACUGGACAGGAGCAGCAGCGCUGGCUGCCUGCUGGAGCCCUUGUCCUCGAGCCACUCCUCCUCCCAGCCUCCCACCAGGAGAAGGAACCUCUCUGGAGAGCCAGCUCCCCCCACCACAGGGGUACAGAGGAGGAGGAGCCCCCCCUUGGAGCAAGUCAGCUUCCACCUACUGCAAAGGCAAGUGGAUCACAAUACAGGAAGUGCUUGAGCCCUCCCUCCCAGCUUUUGACCCCGGCUUCCCCGUAAGAUCAACAAACCUUUGUCAGUGCGAUUGGUUUUCGAAUAAUCAUUGCUAAAGGAAAAGAAACGAAAAGACCCAAUGCUCUAGCAUACGACCAAACCCACGGAGACUGUUGCUGGUUCUCUCUCUCUCUCUGUUUCAGUCUGCUAUUAUUUCCAUCGUAAUUGUGUGCCUUUUUCUAGACUUACUUUCAUUUGCGUGUGUGUGUGCGCGUGUGUGUUUUGGUUGUUGCUUGAAAUGCACCGACAAAUUGAAGCUAUGAAUUUAUUGUUAUUGUUUUAUUGCUUUCUUUUAUCGGAAAGGGGCUUAUUCUUAGAGCGUGUCUCCAUUCCCCACGAUGAGGUCUUGUCUCAACCACAUGCAGACAUGUGGAAAGAGUUGAGAAGAAUUUCCAAUGGAUGCACUGAAAAGCUUUUUCUUUUUCUUUUUAAAGGAAAACAAACACCUCUUCAAAGAGAUUGGCUGAAUUUUUUUUAGGGGAGGGGAACAACCACCACCUCUCUCAUGUACAGACAGGUACAACCUGCCCCCACCCCCACAAUGACCGUACCCCUUAUUUAUUACUUGCUUUAUUUAAUAUGUGGCAAAGUGUUUUAUAAUUAUUCCUUUUAUUAUUUGCAUUACUCUGGUUGCCUCUAAAUGUGCUUUAAAGACAGAUGUGACUGCUUUAAUCUGGAAGAAGAAGAAGAAGAAGAAGAAGAAGAAGAAGAAGAAGAAGAAGAAGAAGAAGAAGAAGGGAGGAAUGUUUACCCUCCGAUUGUAACUGAAACUAGCGCUUGUUUUCUAUGGGGAGGCCCUGAUGGUGAUAAAAGGUAAUCUCUCCAAAACAAAGAAAGAAUCUCAGAAUGUGCCUCCCCCCUUACAAAUUACCCCCCCAAGCACUUUUUUUUAAAGGGACACGCACAUAAGCAAAAGGUCCCUCUACCCUGCCCCACAAAGGGAAAUAAAAAACAGAAAUUGCAAGAAAAUAGGAAUAUAUUGAAUGUAAAAAUUAAAAAAUAAUGUUCUGGGAAUGGUAGAUCUUUGCUUUCUGACCACCAUUCUUGCUUUAAUACUGACAUUCCGUGACCUGGCUGCUGCUUUGACUGAUACGCACAAUCUCCAAGGGGUGCCUUUUGCCAGCCGCUAGAUGGUAGGGGCUUGGCUGUCAUCCCUGUGGAUCCUGCCCUUUGGAAAUCUGCUCUCUAGUUGGAGAUCUUUUGUUUUUGCUUUUAAUUUCUCUCCCCCCCCCCCCCAAAUGAAUGUUUUGGGAGGGAGGAAACGCCUUCUCUUAUCACACAUUUGGACAUUGUAAGAGAAAAAUAGAAAUAAGUUGCUUACUGAUCUGGACUACAUCUCCCAUCAGCCCCAGCCAGCAUGGCUAAUGGUCAGGAGUGAUGGGUGUUGGAGUCCAGCAACAUUUGGAGCACCACAGAUUUCCCACCCAGCCCAGAAAUCAAGGCUGAGUUCAUUCUUGCCUCGUUACCACCCUGAACCAUAUCUGCAUUCCCAGUUCUGCUACUGGUCCUAGAUGUGUCCUAUGUCUAUCAAAUCAGCCAUGUAUUCAACUGCAUAGAGUCCACAAAGAAGUAAUUAAGGGCUUUUGUUUUGUUUUGUUUUUUGCAUACUGUUAUCUCCCCCCCCCCCAUUUAAUGGAAUAACUGCAAAUGUUAGUCUACUU